AGUUUGGUCUGCACUGACUUCUGUUUCGCUGACUGUGUGAAGAGUUUUGAAAAUGUGGUUUCAGUAUUGAACAAUGCUUGUUAGCUAUUGAAAAAACUGUAUUGAUCAUUUAUUUGAUUGACACCCUUAAAAAUACUAAAGAUUUCCAAGAUUUAACACACGUGAUCAUUUAAAGCACUUUUAAAGUUGUCACGAGCAUAAAUGUGUACUGUCACUUUAAAUGUUGUUUGUCUCCUGACUUCACAAGUGAAAGUAAAACUAUUCAACCAGGAUCCAUUUUGAGAUCUAAGCUGAAAGGUUUGUGAGAAGAGAAAACUUUAACAACAUUAAGUACAUAUAAUAAAAACGAAGAGUUAUUAGUUAAAUGAUGUGAGUUGAUGAUAUUGUACUAGUGAGGAUCGGGAAGAUCAACGGCUCGACACAGUUUAUUUACAGGUAUAAACAACUGAACGUCUAUCAUGAGCUUCAGAAAGAGAAAGAGUCUCUCUGGAGAAACAGACAUAAACACAAUGAACAGUUUGAUUGAUAGAGAAUCUGCUGAAUCCAGCUGUGUGUCUAUGAAGAGUGAUCGAUCAAUGGAUAAUCCACCUAAGUUCAGUUCAGGAGACUCUGGUGCAGAUGUGAGUAACACAACAGAUGAAUCAAAGUCCUUCAAAGGGAAGCAGAUGGAUUCAGUUUUUCAGGAUCUUGAAGACAAAAUCAUCUCUCUGAUGAAAAAACAGCUGAAGAUCUUCAAGAAUCUACUGAGCUCAGAUUACCCAGCAUGCUCUGAGAGAGAGGAGGAGGAGGAUGAAGAUCAGAUCAGAGUCAGAGAGGAGCUUCUGAAGAUCACACUGCACGUCCUGAAGAAGAUGAACCAGACAAACCUCGCUGAUAAACUACAGACCAAACUUUUACCUUUGUGUGUGAAAAAACACAAAUCCAGACUAAAGGAGAAAUUCCAGAGAAUAAAUGAAGGAAUAUCAAGUCAAGGAAACUCAAGACUUGUGAAUGAGAUCUACACAGAGCUGUACAUCACAGAGGGAGGGAGUGAAGAACUCAAUAAUGAACAUGAGGUGAGACAGAUUGAGACAACAUCCAGAAGAUCAGAGACACAAGAAACACCAAUCAAAUGUAAUGACAUCUUUAAAGCUUUACCUGGACAAGACAAACACAUCAGAACUGUGCUGACUAAAGGAGUUGCUGGAAUUGGAAAAACCGUCUCUGUACAGAAGUUCAUUCUGGACUGGAGUGAAGGAAAAGCAAAUCAGGAUCUUCACUUCAUAUUUCCACUUCCAUUCAGAGAACUGAAUCUGAUGAAGAACACAAAUAUCAGUCUGAUGGAUCUUCUUCAUCAGUUCUUCAUAGAUACAAAAUAUCUGAGAUCAAGAGACUUUGAUGUCUAUAAAGUUGUUUUUAUCUUUGAUGGUCUGGAUGAGUGUCGACUUCCUCUAGAUUUCUCAAACAAUCAGAGUUUGUUUGAUGUAAGAGAAAAAGCUUCAGUGGAUGUGCUGUUGACAAACCUCAUCAAGGGGAAUCUGCUUCCUUCUGCUCUGAUCUGGAUAACUUCACGACCAGCAGCAGCCAAUCAAAUUCCUCAUGACUGUGUCCACCAGAUCACAGAUGUACGAGGAUUCAAUGAUCUUCAGAAGGACGAGUAUUUCAUCAAGAGAAUAAAUGAUAAGAGUUUGUCGAACAGAAUCAUCAAACACAUCAAAUCAUCCAGGAGUUUGUACAUCAUGUGUCACAUCCCAGUCUUCUGUUGGAUUACAGCCACUGUUCUAGAGAGAAUGUUGAGUGAAUCAGAGAGUCAAACAGAGAUCCCCAAGACUCUCACUCAAAUGUUCACACACUUCCUGAUCUUUCAGACCAAACUGAAGAGUCAGAAGUAUGAUGGGAAAUGUGAGGUAGAUCUUCAACAGGUUAGAAAGAGUCUUCUGUCACUGGGAAAACUGGCUUUUCAACAGCUGGAGAAAGGGAAUCUGAUCUUCUAUGAGGAGGAACUGAGAGAGUGUAACAUUGAUGUCAGAGAAGCUUCAGUGUACUCAGGAGUUUGUACUCAGAUCUUCAGAGAGGAGUUUGGACUGAACCUGGGGAAGGUCUACAGCUUUGUUCAUCUGAGCAUUCAGGAGUUUCUUGCUGCUUUAUUUCAGUUUCUAUCAUUUUCUCCAGAAACAUCAGGAUCAACUAUGAGUGAUUUACUGAAGAGUGAAGUGGACAAAGCCUUACAGAGUGAGAACGGACACCUGGACCUUUACCUCCGAUUCCUUCUCGGUCUCUCACUGGAGUCCAAUCAGAUGAUCUUACGAGAUCUACUGACACAGACAGGAAGAAGAUCUGACAGCAGACAGGAAAUAGUUGAGUACAUUAAGAUGAAGAUCAGAGAGAAUCAAUCUCCAGAGAAAUCCAUCAAUCUGUUUCACUGUCUGAAUGAACUGAAUGAUCAAUCUCUAGUGAAUGAGGUACAAACAUAUCUGAACAGAAAAGAUUACAGUCGUCUCUCUGGAGUCAAACUCUCUCCCUCUCAGUGGUCGGCUGUGGUGUUUGUGUUACUGAACUCAGAUCAGAAGCUGGAUGAGUUUAAACUGAGUAAAUAUAAUCGAUCAGAUGAAUGUCUUCAGAGGCUGCUGCCAGUGAUCAAAGCAUCCAGAAAAGCUGAUCUGAUGAGCUGUAAUCUGACAGAGAAAAGUUGUUCAUUAUCGAGUUCAGUUCUCAUCUCAAACUCAUCAAGUCUGACAGAACUGAACCUGAGUGACAAUGAACUGCAGGAUUCAGGAGCGAAGCUUCUCUCUGAUGGACUGAAGAAUACAAACUGUAAACUGAAGAUAUUACAUCUGAUGAACUGUAAUCUGACAGAGAAAAGUUGUUCAUCAUUGAGUUCAGUUCUCAUCUCAAACUCCUCAAGUCUGACAGAACUGAAUCUGAGUCGCAAUGAACUGCAGGAUUCAGGAGUGAAGCUUCUCUCUGAUGGACUGAAGAAUACAAACUGUAAACUGAAGAUAUUACAUCUGAGGCGCUGUAAUCUGACAGAGAAAAGUUGUUCAUCAUUGAGUUCAGUUCUCAUCUCAAACUCCUCAAGUCUGACAGAACUGAACCUGAGUGGAAAUAAACUGCAGGAUUCAGGAGUGAAGCUUCUCUCUGAUGGACUGAAGAAUACAAACUGUAAACUGAAGAUAUUACAUCUGAGGUGCUGUAAUCUGACAGAGAAAAGUUGUUCAUCAUUGAGUUCAGUUCUCAUCUCAAACUCCUCAAGUCUGACAGAACUGAACCUGAGUAACAAUAAACUGCAGGAUUCAGGAGUGAAACUUCUCUCUGAUGGACUGAAGAAUACAAACUGUAAACUGAAGAUAUUACAUCUGGAGCGCUGCAGUAAUGGAGAUAAAGGUUUUGUUGCUUUGGCUUCAGCUCUGAGAUCAAACCCAUCACACCUGACUGAACUCAAUCUGAAGUUUAAUAAUCCAGGAGAUUCAGGAGUGAAGCUGAUCUCUGAUCUACUGAAGGAUCCACACUGUAAACUACACAAACUACAUAUUGAGUCUCGACUAUAUUAAUAAUCUACAAGAGCUACAGAUGACAAAUCAAACAACAGACUUCAGUCAUAAAGUAGAAGAUCUGCUUACUGCCUCCUACUGGACAAACAUCAGCAGUGAGACAUCAGAGCUCAACAUGAGAGACAUCUAUUAGAGUUAAACACACAAACAUGUGGAUGAAGAUCUGCAUUCAUAAUCCAGCAGAAGAGUUUAAUGAAGUUCAAUGAUGUUUAUGUUGUGGAUGUGAUUCUUACACAGCUGAUAUAUGACACUCAGUGUAUCUCUUUCUGUCUCAUCUGAUGCUGUUUAAAGUCUUCUGAGCUCUGCUAAUGCUUCAUUACCUGUAGAUCUUCAUCAUCAUCAUCAAAACAGUUAAUUGCUAUGGAUAUAUUCUCAACAAUGAUGACAGACUGACCAAUGAGAAACAGGCUUUAGGUCAUGUGACUAAAUAUUCCUUAUAGAUGUUUAUACUGCUCAUUUCUGAAUAUAAUACCCUGUUCACACUGUCAAUCCAAAUCUGAUUUUGGUGCAUAUCCUAUUGUGCAUAUCCGCUCUGAUCGCAUUUGUGUAGCUUUUCAGUUACGUCAUGCUGUCGCGUCAUGUAAAACGUAAACAUGCUAUAGACCAGUGGCGUGCACAGACCUCCUCAGGGGGAGGGGCUGACAGACUUAAAAGGGCAUAUUUUUUUAUGUCAAAUAACAAUCAAAUGGAUUUAUUACUUUGGUGUUUUAUUCUUUCUUUCCUUGGCAUUAUUUAAAUAAUGUUGUAACAAAUGAAUAACACAUCAAACUUAACUCCUUAAGUGGCGCUGUCCCGCUCACGGGACACCUAAGUUUACGUCAAUAUUUUCCAUAUAAAUUUUAGGUAUAUCACAACAAACUAUAUAUUGUUGGAAAGGUCCAAGCCUCUAGAAUACAUAUAUCAACAGUGUUUUAUAAAAUAAAUUAUGUAGGGAGAGUAAUUGAUUCAAUUUUAAAGAGAGUGCGCCUCAAAACAUUUUUAAAUAGAGAAGUUAGGAAAAUAUUGUUUACUUUCGCUAACAAAACGGCGAGAAUCAAGUUUUGAGGACUUAAUUUUCAUGUUGUAAACUUUAUAUGUGUAUAUGUAUAAAAGUGUUAGCAAUCAUUAAAUCGGCAAGUUAACCGAUCUAUCACAGUGUUUUAAUUGCUUAUUUCUUUGAUUAAAUGUCUCACUUACAAAAAAAGAAACAAUAAGCUUAACCAUUUGAAAUGAUUCCUAAAACCUAUUUUUCAUAGCUAAAACACACUGCUUUGUUAGUUUAGCACACCAUCAAAACACGACAAAUAGUGGGACUAAUAUUUUUGCUCCAAACUAACUUUAUAGCAGAUCAAGUGUUUUGAGCUGAUGUGGCUUCAGAUCGCAAAAUGAAACAGAUAAUACACUCUUUCUUUUUGGUAUUCUGCACAGUGCUAAUGUUGCAUUAUAAUAAAUAAAUUUAACGUUACUGUAUUAUGAAAAUACCCAACAUGACCGGAACAACACAGAUAUACCAUAUAUAAUCCCAAUUAAGUUUAUUGUCUUCUUGUUUUAUCCAUCAGAACAUCUUUAUUUGCAUGUUAUUAGCAGCAGGGUAGAUAAAUGGUCCGUGUAACGCUUUGCAGUUCUUUUUUCAAUUUGCACCAUCAAAAUGAAUCAAAUGAAAAAUUGGUUUCAAACUUUCAUUUUUCAAUUUUCAUUGAGUACUUCACAAACGGAUAAUUGUCUCUCGGUUUAAUUUUCAAUUCAACGUGUUUAGGUUGUUGCUUUAGAAUUUCAGGUUUUGGAACAAACAGAAAAAUGACUUCUUAUUCUAACUGUCCAUUUCUGUGUUUGCGUUUGCGGCUGGAACGUACCAUUAUCGCCGGGGGUGGCGUGUAGUCUACAGCCGGUCACGGACCCACAGCGCUGUCGCGUUAAAUCUCACCAUAUUUAUCUCCUCUAUGUAUAUUACACAUUUAUUAAAUAUAUUUUAAAUAACAAUAAUGCCUGUAAUCAUUUAUCUAUCGGACCUCGGUUGCCGUUUUGGUUUUUAUCAGUAGAUGGCGAUGUAACAGACUGGCAGUAAGUGCAUGCCCUCAAGACGUGAAGGAUAAACUUUUAUCUGCCGCAGUUCAGCCUGCAUAAUGGCUCGAAAAGUUUAAUCAUGUUACCCCGAGAUAUUACGAGGUAGCGAGUCAGGCUUGUAACCUGAAAGUUGCCGUUUCGAGUCUCACGGCCGACCGCUUGUGACUGACGUGCCCUUGAGCAAGGCACCUUAACCCCAUUGCUCCCCAGGCACGGGGUGCUCACGGCUCGUUCAUGACUGGCAGAGCGUUUGUUGACUUCUUACUGUAUGCAUUCCAUACUUGACAACCGUGUCAC